UUUUUUCUUUUCAAAUCCGCAUCCUUGCAUUGAUCUGGCGGCUAUUGCUUUAGCUGAAGAGAGCGGAAGAGAAACCCACCCUGGAGAAGAUCCGUAUGCGGCUUGGAAGCGACCUCGGUUCGCACCACCCACCCUUCAGAAAACAUAAACCUAAUUAGCCUCUGCAAAACGAAACACCCGUCACCCUCUCAUCUCAGAGCUUCCAUAUAGAAACCCUAAACCUACCGAACCCUUUCACCGCUUGUUCUCUGCUCUUUGUCGUUCUUGUGUGAUUCGCAAUAUAAGGGUUUGGCAUGGCGAGAAGACACAGCAGCAGCAGCAGCGAGUCAAGUGAGGAUGACGUGAGAAAACGCCGUGGUAGUGAAUCUGAGGAUGGGGAGAGGGAUAGGUAUCGACACGGUGGUGGGAGUAGUAAGAAGAGUUCCGGUCACUUCAGUCACAGGGCGAACGGUGAUGACAGUGAUUCGGGAGAAGAAAGAAAUGGUGCUAAGAGGGAUGGGAAGAGUAAGAGUAGGGAGAGAAAGGAGGAGCCUGAGAGCUCUGAGGAGGAGGGUCAGAUUGUGAGCAAAGAGAGGGUUAGGGAGGAGAAGGAGGAAGAUGGGAGAUUGCAGUGGCGCCAUGAUGGGCGUGGAAGGAGAGACGACGAAGGAGAUGACCGGGGUGGUAGGGAAUCUCGUCGUGGGAACGAUCAGGAUGAAAGGCUAGGGGAGAGAGAGAGUCACAGAUUGCAUCCUGGUGAUAGAUGGCGUGGAGGUGAUGAGGCCAGGCGGAAAUUUAAUGAUCGCCGUGGGCGUCAUGAUUCGGAGGAAGAGGAUCACAGGGAGCUGGCCAGGAAAUCGGAAAGGGAUAGAUAUAGGGAUAGGGAUAGGAGGCGGAAAGUUGAAAAGGGUGGUGACAAUGAGAGGGAUUGCCACAUGCGUCAUUAUUCGGAGGAAGAAGAUGAUAGGGAGUUGGCUAGGAAAUCAGAUAGGGAUAGGAGGCGUAGAGUUGAAAAGGAUGGUGGCAGUGAGAGGAACCAUAGGGAGAAGGAUGUUAGCAAACGGCAAGAAGAAAGUAGGAGGAAAGAGGAUGGAAAUGGAAGAAUGGUUGAAGAUGCAAAGCCUCAACAACAGGCAACAAUAUUGGGAGCUAACCUGAAUGGUGAUGCAUCGAAUUUGGGCAAGAGUGGAGGUGUUUACAUUCCCCCCUUUAAGAUGGCAAUGAUGAUGAAAGAAGUUCAGGAUAAAAGUAGUGUAGAAUAUCAAAGGUUAACGUGGGAUGCUUUGAGAAAGAGCAUUAAUGGGCUUGUAAAUAAGGUUAAUGCUACUAAUAUAAAAAAUAUAAUUCCAGAAUUGUUUGCGGAAAACCUGAUUAGGGGAAGGGGACUCUUUUGUCGUUCAUGUAUGAAGUCACAGAUGGCAUCUCCAGGAUUUACAGAUGUUUUUGCUGCUUUGGUUGCUGUCGUUAAUACUAAGUUUCCUGAAGUGGGGGAUCUUUUGCUAAGAAGGAUUGUUUUGCAGCUUAAGAGAGCUUAUAAGCGGAAUGACAAGCCUCAAUUACUAGCAGCUGUUAAAUUUAUAGCGCAUCUGGUGAAUCAGCAAGUGGCUCAUGAGAUCAUUGCUCUAGAGUUACUCACAGUUUUACUCGAGAAACCUACUGAUGACAGUGUUGAAGUAGCUGUUGGUUUUGUCACAGAAUGUGGUUCAAUACUGCAGGAUCUCUCACCUAAAGGUCUUCAUGGUAUUUUUGAGCGUUUUCGUGGAAUUCUUCAUGAAGGAGAAAUUGACAAACGUGUUCAGUUUCUGAUUGAAGGCUUAUUUGCAAUAAGAAAAGCGAAGUUUCAGGGCUAUCCGGCUGUUCGUCCUGAACUAGAUCUUGUGGAGCAGGAAGAUCAGAUAACUCAUGAAGUCUCCUUGGAUGAGGAGAUAGAUCCUGAGAUUUCCCUUGAUAUAUUCAAGCCAGACCCCAAUUUCCUGGAGAAUGAGAAGCGUUAUGAAGAGUUGAAGAAAUCAAUGUUGGGUGAGGAAUCUGAGGAUGAUGAGGAAGGCUUGGAUUCUGAGUCAGACGAUGACGAUGAAGAUGAUGACUCUGAUGAAGAGGACGAAGAACAGAUGCAGAUAAAAGAUGAAACAGAGACAAAUCUGGUCAAUCUUCGAAGGACAAUAUACUUAACAAUUAUGUCUAGUGUUGAUUUUGAGGAAGCUGGUCAUAAGCUUCUGAAAAUUAAGCUAGAGCCAGGUCAAGAGAUGGAGUUGUGCAUUAUGCUUUUGGAAUGUUGCAGCCAAGAGAGAACCUAUCUCCGAUAUUAUGGUCUUUUGGGGCAGCGUUUCUGCAUGAUUAACAAAGUACACCAAGAAAAUUUUGAAAAGUGCUUUGUGCAACAGUACUCCAUGAUUCACCGACUUGAAACAAAUAAACUGCGAAAUGUGGCAAAGUUUUUUGCUCAUUUACUUGGCACAGAUGCUCUACCUUGGCAUGUUUUAUCAUAUAUACGCUUGACUGAAGAGGACACAACUUCUUCUUCACGUAUAUUUAUUAAGAUUCUCUUCCAGGAAUUAUCAGAACAUCUUGGAAUCCGGCUGCUAAAUGAGCGGUUAAAUGAUUCAAUGAUGCAAGAAUCUUUUGAAUCCAUAUUUCCAAAAGAUAAUCCAAAAAACACACGGUUCUGCAUUAACUUCUUUACAUCCAUUGGUCUUGGUGGUCUUACCGAGAACCUACGUGAGUAUUUGAAGAAUAUGCCACGUCUUAUCAUGCAACAACAGAAACAAGUUUCAGAAUCUGAAUCAGAUGAUGAGUCAGGGAGUUCUGAUUCAUCAGAUUCUGGAACUGCUAGUUCAGAGUCAGAGUCAGACUCAGCUAGUUCUGAUGAAAGUGACAGAAGACGAAGAAAGCGGAGGAGAAAGUGAAGCAGUUUUAUGCUAUUGUCGAAUCGAAUGCCCAUGCAUCUACAAAACUGAUUGAAUAUCCAUGGUUUCUCCAUCUUUAAAUCACUGAAUUAACUUGCCUUUUUAUGUACUGUGAAAGGGAUAUGUGGGCUGUGCUGGUUGAGAUGUUGAGCUUGCUUUAUCGAUCUGUUUAAUUUUGUUCUUAAGAUCAUAUUCUUUGGAAGGGUAGAGUAUUGAUGUUCAUAAAGAUGUUUUUUUUUUUUAUUUUUGAUUUUUCAGUAUAAGUGAACUCCGGGAGUGGUUUUGCAGAGCAUGAUUGGAAGAAUUAUCGUAUGAUUGUAAAAUGAUAAUGUCACAUGUUUUCUGUAAAGAGGCAAGGAUUUUAGAGUUAGAUUGUAGGUGGUGAUUAUCCAUAUGAAUGCUGCAUCCUAUGUCUAUUAUCUUUCUUCUCUACAUCAAUUUUAAAAUAUUGAAUGUCAGGACACUUCUUGGAGCAUCUAUUUCGUUAGCAGAUUUAAUAAUAUUGAAGCUUCUGAAUUGGAAUUUA